AGUUGAGGCAAAGAGAUUCAGUCAGUCAGUCAUUUCAGUGCUGCAGUGCAUGCAACUUUUCUACUCAGGAUUCAUCACAACUGUUUGUGUGCGAUAAAAAAAGGAUUAAUAUCCUCAACUUCACAAAUCUCACUAAAGGAACAGACACAAGCAAAAAAAUGGAAGAUUUCGAUUAUCAGGACUCCAGCUUAAAUGACAGUUACGAUUACAAUUACGAACAUAGUGUCUGUGACAAAGAGGAAGUGCGCUCUUUUGCCAGUGUCUUCCUCCCAGUCAUCUAUGCCCUGGCUCUAGUGGUUGGUCUGGCUGGGAAUACCCUGGUAGUGGUGGUCUACGCAUCACGGUUGCGACUAAGAACACUGACCGAUGUGUGCAUCCUUAACCUUGCCAUUUCGGAUCUUUUGCUUCUCUCCACCCUGCCCUUCUGGGCGGCUGAUGCCAUCCAUGGCUGGAAGUUGGGUUCGGCAGCCUGCAAGCUCACCUCCUUCCUCUACAGUACCAACUUCAGCUGCGGCAUGCUGCUCCUGGUGUGUAUCAGUGUGGAUCGCUACCGUGCUGUAGCUCAAACUCCAACAAGCAGGACUGGAACAGGUGCUCGGGUACGGAGACAAUGGCUCCUCGUGUGUGUGGUGUUGUGGGCUGUAGCCAGCUUUCUUGGCCUUCCCGAACUCAUCUUCUCCACAGUGAAACACGCACAUAACAGGAUGGCCUGUGUAGCCGUCUACCCACUCAGCAUGGCCCGACCUGCAAAAGCUGCCCUGGAGCUGCUGGAAGUAACCCUUAGAUUCUUGCUACCUUUCUUGGUCAUGGUGGUGUGCUACUGCUGGAUAGGACGGGCACUGAGCUGGGCAGCUGGGGUGCGGAGAUACCGGAAGUGGCGCGCCCUACGAGUCCUGCUGGCUGUGGUGGCCAUAUUCCUGCUCACCCAGCUGCCCUACAACGUGGUCAAGCUGUGCCGAGCAAUGGAUGUCAUGUACAUCCUUGUAACCGACUGUGAUGUCAGCAAAGGCCUGGAUCGCGCUCUUCAAGUGACAGAGAGCCUGGCAUUGACCCAUGCUUGCAUUAACCCUGUCCUCUAUGCCUUCAUCGGAUCCUCUUUCAGGGGACACGUCCUCAAGGUUGCCAAACACCUUGGAAUGCGACUUAAGAGACGGCCAAGACACGUCAAUGAGGAGCCGGCAGUGGAGAUUUCACUCAACGCAUGCACUCAAACGCAAUUCCACACUGAUUCAGAAGACCGAGACACAAGCACCUUUACUAUUUAAGACUAAAAACAUAUCUAUUUUCUUGUAAGCACCUAUACAAAAUUGUCUAUCUAUAUAUAUAUUUCCACAUCUUUAUUAUCAUAAAAAGGCAUAGCAUCAAUAACCAUAAAUGUUACCCCACUCAAAGCGCUUUACACUACAUGCCGAAUUAAACCAUUCAUAUAUCGCAUUCACACACAUACUCACACAUACUGAUGGCAGAGCCAUCAGGGGCAAUCUUGGGUUCAGGAUCUUAACCCAAGGACUCUUUGUCAGGCGGACUGGAGGAGCCAGGGAUCAAACCACCUUCCCCCCGUUAGUAGACGAACCGCUCCACCUCCUGAGCCACAGCCGUCUUAAUUCUUAGUGUAAUAAAUAUAUAUGCACAGUGACUUUAUAUGCACUAAGCAAAGUAUUUUGUAUAAAUGAUGUAUUUUGUUAAAUAAAGCAAAUAUUUUCACGGACAUGCAUCAAACAGCGUUUGUUGCAAUUAAAUGCAGCUGAAACUCAAGAUUUUCCAAGUACUACUCUGGUUCAUCAAGACAAAACCAAUUAUACAUUGCAGUCUCCGCUGCAUCUGCAUCUCAUUUUAUUACAUCAAGUGGCUUUGGGUUUGG